AUGGACCACGACAAAGAAUUCGAAAGGGCGAUUGCUCUUAGUUUGCAAGAAUCAACUACAACCGCAAAUAAUCCGAUAGUUAUAUCUGAUGACGAAGACGAAGAUACACACUUUCAAGCGGAUUUGAAAAGAGCGAUUGCAGCAUCAAAAGCCGAAGGAUUCCGCGAUACAAAUACACGCCCUCAAAGCUUCACCCCGUCGGCAUUUUUAUCAGAGAGGGCUCAGCUUGAGAAGGAGCGACUUGAAAGACAGAAAAGACUGCGCCAGGAUGCAGGUUUUGAGGAUGAGAACACAGCACCUCCUGCAAAAAGGCAACAUAUUUCAUCUUCAUCUCGGGUGAGCACUAAUAGAAGGGCCGACACAUCCGUGUCUGCUUCCUCUUCUAGCUCCACCAGCGCAGAGAGUGGUUCUGCAAGCAUUCCUGCAAUUGAGCAGGUAUUCUGGGAAGGAGAACUCAGGCCAGUUGCCAAUCGCCACACCGACCCCAGACAAGAUGGAAAACCAACUUUUCGACUAACAGAAGUCUUGGGUAAAAAAUCCGAAAUAUCCUUCGCCAUCCUUUCCUCCUAUUCGCUAUCCGUCUCGUGGAUAUACGAGUUUUUUGACCCAUCUGUACCCGUCAUUAUAGUUGCGCAGCCGGACGAGUCGGGCCAAGCAACUAUAAAAAAUGUUCUGCCAAAUUGGAUCAGGACGACUCCGUUUCUGCGCUACGGGCGAGGGUGUAUGCACAUGAAAUUUAUGCUCCUAUUCUACAAGACAGGCCGUCUGAGAGUGGUCAUCUCCACCGCGAACCUUAUUGACUACGAUUAUAGGGACAUUGAGAACGCUAUCUGGUUACAGGAUGUACCAUUGCGACCUCAACCCUUACCAAAUGAUCCAAAGGCAGUGGAUAAUUUUGCAACCGUGAUGCAGCGAGUCUUACAUGCGCUAAAUGUUCGACCUGCACUAGCAACCCACCUGAAAACAGAUCAUCCGAAUUUGCCACUUCAGUCCAUUGAUCACCUCCGAUCGCAUUGGGAUUGGUCGAAAGUUAAGGUAAAGCUGGUUCCAUCGAUAGCAGGCAAGCAUGAAGGGUGGCCGAAAGUGAUCUUGACGGGUCAUACAAGGUUAAUGAAGGCAAUUAGAGAUAUGGGUUUGCGUACUGGAAAGGGCAAGGCAGCUAAGGACCUCGUCAUCGAGUGUCAGGGAUCCAGUAUAGGCACCUACUCUACACAGUGGAUGAACGAGUUUCACUGGUCAGCGCGUGGCGAAUCAGCUGAAGAUUGGCUUGAUGAACCUAAAACUCGUCGGGCUAAGCUUCCAUAUCCCGCCGUGAAGAUUGUAUUUCCGAGCUUGAAGACGGUACAGACAAGUGUUUUGGGUGAACCUGGAGGAGGGACCAUGUUCUGCCGGGGGGUGCAGUGGAAUGGGGCUAAGUUCCCGCGACAGUUGUUCCAUGACUCAAAUAGCACUGCAGGUGGGGUCCUGAUGCACACAAAGAUGAUUAUUGGGACCUUUAAACAGAAGGCUACGACCAACUCUCUAGACAGUCACGAUAAGGGCAAAGGAAGACAGUCGGAUGCGGAUUCAGAUACAGAAACGGAAACGGAAGAAGAUGAUGUUGUCGAGGUCGUCAAUGAUGCACCUAUCGGCUGGGCAUACCUAGGCUCGCACAAUUUUACACCAUCUGCUUGGGGGACCCUCUCGGGCUCGGGCUUUAACCCCAUUCUCAACGUCGUGAACUACGAACUAGGAAUCGUAUUUCCGCUUCAGGACGAGUCAGAGUUAGAGAGUGUGUCAUGUUUCAAACGCCCACCUAGGAAAUACAAGGUUGGUGAGGAUAAGCCAUGGAUGCAGGAAGAAUCUACUGUUUUUCAGCGAUAAUUAUAUACGCGCACCAUCGUUAUGCUUUUCUUCGUUUAAUAUGGAUUACAUAUAGAUACUAGACCUAGCUGUGCGAUGGUUAACUUGCAUAAUCAUAAGCCGAUACCGUGAUCGAAGCGUUUGUAAUGCUGGGCAAAUGCGACAAUGAUACCACCGUGACCGUG